CUAUGAAACCAGAACAACUACAUUCAAUACCUCUAUGCUUCUGGACAUGAUUCUUAUGCUCACAAGUAGAUUCGCUUGCAUAGACGCGCGUAGCGACUACAGGAACAUAAAAAUUGAACGGGUUGUACUUAACUCGCUGACUAUCCCGCAGACUGUGGACAGCUUGUAGGUAAAUUCCACGCUUACGUUUCUUUCCAUUCCCUUCACACAUGGCUCGUGCCCCCGUGCGUUUUGGCCGAAAAAUGGAGAACGACCGAUCGCAAUCGUGAACUGGACGGGAGCGGCAACAAGGAAUGGGUCCAGUUUGCUUAGUCAUCCACCAGUGUUGUCACAACUGCCUUCGAUUUGACAUGAGCCGAUUCAAACUGCAGAUAGCUAAAAUUUGGUAAACAGAAAAAGCUGGUGUUGAGAUAGUAAGAAAAAUCAACAAUCAAAUCCUAUACUUUCACACCCAUCAUGUCCACCGAAGAAACCAAGGCAUCCAUCGUGGACCGCGUCAGGGCUUGGGGAUCCUCUUCCCUCCCCGGCAUGGGCCUAGCAACCCUCAUCACUGCCCUCCACUGGCGCCCCUUCCAGGCCAUGCCCAUGCUCCUCACUCCUCUCCUCAUGUUCUCGAGCUACCUCAGCGUAGCUGGCUUCAAGAUCGACAGCGCCGGCAUGACGGCCGCCUGGAGCGGCAUCUACUUCCUCCUCGCUGCCCGCCGCCGUCCCGCCGCGCUCAAGAACAAGUUUUCGGCUCGCGGCGCGGUCCGGGCUACGGCCAUGGGUCUGAGCGCAGCCAACGUGAUUGCGGGCACAUACACGUAUGUGACGGGUGAUCGCAAGGCCGAGGAGCAGGAGAGGAAGGAGAUGGACAAGUGGGGCAUGUACAGCGAUAGCGAAUGAAGAACCCCCAGGCUUAGGGACGGCUGAGAUGGUGUGGAGCAGUGCGUUCGCUGUAGUUGAGGAGAAUUGGUCUGCCAUACAGGAGCGAGUGUGCUCUGACGUGCUAUAGUGGACAGCCCGAGGAUAUUCCACUACAAGUAACUGCACAUCCAGAAGUUGCUGGAAGGUGAGGGACUAGACGGGUUUGUUGUUUGGCAGGUUUUCUUUUGGCGGGAGAAGCUGUGUGUCUGUAACAUACUGUACCAUAAAGAGCAAACAUUUUGGCGGCGUCAAGGGGUGAGAAAUGGCAGACAGGGAAUACUCGGGAAUGCGCAAAGUCACACUUCUGAAUGUGUUCGCUUUGAGCAGCAGACGCCAAAUGGGUGCUGGAUUUCCUGCUCGCUUUUCUGGGAGCUGUGAGCUUGAAUAGCGUAUAACUAAAUGCAGAAACCAUAAACAUGA